GUCAACUUUUCCUCAGCACAGGUCUUUAUAAAUCUCCCCCCUAUGCCUCGUCACCCUCGGUCGACCCGCUUUGUAACUUUUUGCAUCAUCUCCAUUUCAUGGUUGAGUCUCUGUGGUUCCAAAAUGCUUUCCCUUCCCAAUAAUACCACUCGCAACUGAUGGUAGAAGAUUUCGGAGGAUGAAAAGUCAUGAACUGACUGACCCGUUCUGUGACUAUUGUUUAUAAAGGAGACUACACUGGUAGGGGCUUGAUGUUAUAUACCUGUAGCAAUGGGACUGAAUGACAAGAGAUUUCAGAUCCAAACAAAUACGUCAGAUCCAUCAAAUUAUAAGAGUUUGGGCGACUGUUUCAGGAAGAUCUAUCGCAGUGAAGGUUCUAAUGCAGGUAAAGCCGAAGAGCAAGAGAUUUGUGUCAACACCGGAGAGGAGGGAGAAGAGUUACCUAAUGAAUUAUGGGCUGUGGCUGCGGAUAGAUAGAUGUGACAUGAGGAUGGAAUUGUCUAGAAGGUUUUUAGGCUUCUAUAAAGGAAUACUGCCCCCUAUCUUGGCCGAAACCCCGAAACGAGCAGUUAAGUUUUUCACCUUUGAACAAUACAAAAAGCUGCUCUCUCCAUUGACUUUGCCUGAUGCAUGGGUUUUUGCAAUUGCUGGGCUUGGAUCUGGAUUAACAGAAGCCGUGGUAGUAAAUCCUUUUGAAGUGGUAAAAGUUAGUCUACAAGCUAAUCGCAAUGUGUACGCUCAGCAACCAUCCACUUUUGCCCAGGCUCGCCAUGUGAUCCAGACAGAGGGUAUAGGAUUGAGAGGUCUCAACAAAGGACUCACUGCCACUUUGGGUCGCCAUGGAGUCUUCAAUAUGGUUUAUUUUGGAUUUUAUUUCAAUGUGAAGAAUGCUUUUCCAGUUAAUAAGGAUGCAAGGCUGGAGUUCUUAAGGAAGUUUACGAUUGGAUUGGCCUCUGGGACGCUAGCUUCCAUCAUUAACAUCCCAUUCGACGUGGCCAAGAGUCGGAUUCAGGGGCCACAGCCAGAACCUGGAGUCAUAAAAUAUCGCAGCUGCUGGAAGACAAUUAUUACGGUUUAUAAAGAAGAAGGGUUCCUGGCUCUCUACAAAGGUCUUCUCCCAAAGAUCAUGCGGCUCGGGCCUGGUAAUUCCUGUCCUAAUGAUCCUUGUUAGCAGUUGUAUAUGAAGUCAUUCUAGAGUCGGAGGUGCAGUGAUGCUGCUAGUGUAUGAAUAUUCCUAUGCCUGGCUGCAGAAGCAUUGGUGACCCAGACGGAGCUGCAAUCUGCCAUCCCGCAAGAACAUCACGUCCUGACAAUGUAGAAACUGUAGAAGGCAUGAAAGUAGACCUACUGUAUACAGAACUGCUGAAAUUCUCAAUAUAGUACACAAUGCAAUAAUGUUUAAAGGGGUACUCCCGUGGUGCCAGAAAGUUAAACAGAUUUGCAA